UUUUUUUUUAAAAAAAAAAAAAAAAAAUAAGAGUUGGAACCCGAAUUGGAAUUGUCAUCAUGACAAAGUCUAUGCAGAUUCACCUCGAAGGUGCUUUCAUUGGACAGACGAAUGAUCCCAAAGGAGAAAAGCGACUCAUGUUCCCAUGGACUGGUACUCAGGGUCCUCUCAUUAAAGGAAAACUCAUUGUGAACCAUAAAGAUGACCUGACUCUCAAGGCCCUCACCCUUACCUUUACCGCCAAAAUAUCCUGCAGUUGGUCUGAAAAGCAUGGCUCACAUACUACAUAUUAUUCAGCAAAGAGGCCAUUGCUGGAAGAAAAGACUUGGGUAUUUCUGGAGAAAACGGAUUCAAAGGGACAUGUCCUAAAGGGAAACCAAAAUUACGUGUACGAUUUUCAAUUGGCCUUACCAGUCAAUCUGCCCAAUUCAUUAACAAUGAGCACCGGCAAGAUCGAGUACAGGUUCUCGGCCAACGGGAAACGGUCAACAUUUCAACUGGAUCUGUAUGCAGAUCAAAUUAUAGAGAUCUACCAAUCAUUGCCCCCGACUCACCCACAUUGUAUCUACCCUAAUCAACAUACUGCCAAUUUCGAGAACGCUCUAGACUAUGUGGUCCAAAUCCCCAGCAAAGCAUUUCAUCAUGGAUCAACAGUCCCUGUGACGGUCCGGAUGAAUCCUUUACCGGGAAUGGGCGCGAGGUGGUAUGUCAAGGAGAUGAACAUGAAGGUCAAGGAAUACUUCUGGUUCAUCUCUCCAGGAAAGGGCGUCAAAGAAGAAAAACGUACCUUGGUGGAGAACAAACAAGGCAAAGGAACAUGGCCCACACAGGCUGCAUCUUUGGAACGUGUGGUCUCCAUCACCUUACCUGCCCAUAACAUCAUGACCACCAUCGACACUGAUAUUAUCAAAUGUACUCACAAACUAAAGAUCUUGUUCACAAUCGAUGUCAAUGGUUCAUCCAAGAAGUUGGUCGCAGAUUUCGACAUCUAUAUUCCUGGACCAUUCCCCCCAGGACAGGGCUCUACAGGGGCUGUACAAUCCCCACCCGUUGCAUUACCGGCCCAAAAUACUCCAGCUGCAAUAACAGGAACAAUAACAGGACCAAUAGCAGGACCAAUAGCAGCAGGAGCAGGAGCAGGAGCAGGAGCGGCAGGGGUGCAUAUGAAUCAACCAUAUACGCAUCCACAACAACAGGCACACCCUCAUUACCAACAGCAACAGCAACAACAGCCCCAUUAUCAACAACAACAACAGGCCCAUUAUCAACAACAACAACAGGCCCAUUAUCAACAACAACAACAACAACAACAACAACAACAGCCUCCUGUCCCGCAGCAUCUUCAAUAUCCGCCUGCUCAACCACCUGUGCACCAUCAGCAACAGCAGCAUCAACAACAGUAUCCAUCAAUGCAACCUGUAGCUCCACAUCAGCAGUCGCCAUCAGCACAACAGCCAUACCCUGCACCAUUGCAGACACCAACGUCUGCCUAUGCGCAGCCAUCGCCCUUUUCUAUACCCCAGACACCCCAUCAUACUCAACCAAUAGGAUAUCCUGCGCCCAUGGCAUCGACCCCUGGAAGUACUUCUGGAAUGGUCUCUGCUCCGAUUCCCCAUCCAUACAGUCAAGGAUACCCUACACCAAAGACAUCCCAUCAUUACCCUAUGGUCACAUCGUCUCAAGGAUAUCCAACCCCGGCAGUCCCGCCCAUGCCUUCACCUACCGCAGGACCAGCUUAUCCAAUGCCUCCUUCACCCGCCCAGGGCUAUGCACAGACUUCGUCUGCAGCAGGAGCGCCUUCACCAGGUCUGACCCAUAUUCCCAUGCCUGUGCCAUCACCCGUAUCCUCAGCCGCCCAGCCCUUUACUCCAACUGGGGCAUCAUCUCAUCCAAAGACCCCUGUAAUGAGUUUUCAACAAUAUGCAUCGUCGCCUAUGCCGGGGGUCGAUUCGCCCAAAGUGGGCAAUGGACAACCUUCAGGAUCAACGUUUGCACAUCCAGGAGGACUUCGAGUAGAUGAUACAAUCAAGGUGAAUGUUAACUUUGAUGAGACAAUCAAAGUUAAUCUGGAUGAUAUCAAAGUCCCUUCAACGCCCUCUACCCCAGCAGCGUCUGUCGGUGGCAAGGUCCAUUCCAAGAAUCCUCAACAGAGAGACUCUUUCAAUGACUCCUUUAACAAUGGCUAUACAAGCCCAGGUUCGGGCACUGCCAAUGCGGCAAGUGAGGCGCAUUCGUUUGUGCCACUGCCUCCUCAACCACAUGGGCCUCAUGCAGUGAAAGAACCAGAUACGGAUCACUCACAGUUUUCGUAUCAUCCGCCACCCCCGCCCAGAACAUCAUCUACCACAACCGCAAUAGAUCCAUCUACCCCAACUUCUACUACGACAACACAUGGUGUUAAUCCAUAUGCGGCAGCUGCAGCGGCUGUAGCGGCUUCUGCUUCUGCUUCUGCUUCCGCAUCAAGCCAGCAGCAUGAUUUAUCACAUCAAUUCAGUCAGAUGGGAUUCACUUCUCCUCCUCCACCUCUUCCUUCAACCCCAACUCCAGCUUCUUCUCCCCCAACAGCGGCGACGUCAAUGAGCACAACAAACGGAUUCGGAAUAGGUGUGAGUAAUAAUGCUCCGCCGAUCACGGCUCCAAAGCCGCCGCCAUCGCCUUUGGUCCGACCCCAGCCUCCUUCCCAGACUAAUUCUUCAACAUCAUCAUCGUACCCAUUGUCGCCAGUGUCGGCGGCAGCUAUAGGGGCAGUUGUGGCAAACCAGCAACCCUACCAGUCACCACCAAUUACACAGACGACACAACAGUAUCAGCAGCAGCAGCAGCAGCAGCAGCAGUUACAACAACAACAACAACAACAACAGCAACAAUUACAUCAACAGCAGCUACAACAUCAACAACAGCCACAGCCACCGCGAAAGCAGCAAGUGUGGAUUCCCUUUUAUCAUACAUAUGCAGGCAAAACCUAUGUUCAAUAUCAUCCUGCUUAAUAGCUUAAUAUCGAUAUUCAUUAUCAAUGUAUUCAACAUUUGGUCGAAGAACAAAAGGG